AUGACACGUAAGUUGGGAGGACAAAAAAUGAUACUGAGAAGUGCCAUUAGUACUUUAAAUACAACUGCUUCUUCCUGCACUUCACCUCCUCCUCUUACUACUACUACUACUACUACUACUACUACUACUACUACUACUACUACUACUACUACUACUACUACUACUACUACUACUACUACUACUACUACUACUACUACUACUACUACUACUACUACUACUACUACUACUACUACUACUACUACUACUACUACUACUACUACUACUACACAUAAAGCACUACUUAUCAAAACUCAUCAGUAG